AGUGUUCAAAAUGCCGUCGUGUUUGAAAAUUGUAGGCAUUACAGUUGCUGUGGUGUUAGUAGUUGGGGUAGUGGUAGGGAGCAUCACUUGGGCGAUCCUAGCCAACAGAGGCCCGUCGCCUCCAGAGUUAAAAGAGCUAGACUGGUGGGAGCACACCGUUCUUUACCAGAUCUAUCCAAGGUCGUUCAAGGACAGCGAUGGAGAUGGUAUUGGAGACUUAAAAGGAAUAACAAGCCAGUUGGAACACUUCGUGGAUGCGGGAGUGGGAGCCAUCUGGAUGUCUCCGAUCUUCACUUCGCCCAUGGUGGACUUCGGGUACGAUAUCAGCGACUUCUACAACAUACACUACGAAUACGGCACUAUGGAGGACUUCGAUGAGCUGCUGGCCAAAGCCCAUGAACUUGGAAUUAGAGUACUUCUAGACUACGUACCGAACCACGCCAGUAAUGAAUCGGAGUACUUCAUCAAGUCUGAAGCGCGAGAACCUGGCUUCGAGGACUUCUUCGUGUGGGCAGAUCCUAGGCCUGGCCCUGACAACGGGACAAACAGACUUGUGCCUUCUAAUUGGAUCAGUCAGUUUGGAGGAUCAGUGUGGGAAUGGAGUGAAAUCCGUCAGCAAUAUUAUCUUCACCAGUUUGCUAUCCAACAAGCGGACUUUAAUUUUAGAAACCCAGCUGUAAGACAGGAGAUGUUAAACAUUCUGGGAUUCUGGUUCACGAAAGGAGUUGAUGGCUUCAGGUUGGAUGCUCUUCCCCAUCUCUUUGAAACCGCACCUAAUAGUUCCGGGAUAUAUCCCGAUGAACCAUUGACUGGAAACAUGUUCCUGAAUCCCGACCAACCUGGGUACACCACUCAAGAACACGUCAGAGAUGUGAUGGAGUUGUACGAUGUAGUUUACGAGUGGAGAGACUUCUCUGACGAAUUUGAAAAAGAAUUUAACACCGAAACCAAAAUCCUACUUGCAGAAGCUUACUCGAAUAUUAGAAACACGAUGCUGUACUAUGGCAACGAGCGCGACCGCACCGGGUGUCAUUUUCCCUUCAACUUCGACUUUAUCACAAGUCUAUCUUCGUGGUCUACUGCCAGGGACUUUGUCUACGUCAUACUUCGAUGGCUAACUUAUAUGCCUGCUGGACAUGUUCCUAAUUGGGUGUUUGGCAACCACGACAACAAGAGAAUGCCAUCGCGGUUCCGCACCGACAUGGUUGAUGGACUCAAUGCUCUUAACAUGAUCCUGCCAGGAGUCGCAGUCACUUACCAAGGAGAGGAGAUCGGCAUGAGAGACGGCUACGUCAGUUGGGAAGACACUGUUGAUGUAAAUGCUUGUAACCAGGGAAACCCUGAUAAUUAUUUGGAUUUCUCCAGGGACCCUGCUAGAACCCCUUAUCAUUGGGAUGAUACCACCAGUGCUGGGUUCUCAACCAGUACUAAUACGUGGUUGCCAGUGGCUGAAGAUUAUGUGGAAAUCAAUUUAAGGAGACAGAAAGAGGCUAAUAGGAGUCAUUACAAGGUAUACCAAAGUCUAGUCAGUCUCCGCAAGGAGCCGUCACUCUCCCAUGGAACUUACCAUAUUCAAGCGCUCACCGAGAACACUCUGAUUCUAAUCCGUCACCUGAUUACUCAUGAUACCUACGCUCUCGUGUUCAACGUGGGAACUACAACGGAUACCGUUGAUUUGAGUGUCGUACCUUUCUUGAGUGAACCCAUCACGGUUUAUACUUCAAGUGUACAUUCUAACAAAUUAGCCGGAUCCGAUGUCCCGUUAGGUGAUAUGAGACUAGUGGCUGGCGAAGCCGUAGUACUAAAAGCAGCUCCAACCAAAUGAAACAUUAUUAACAAUGAUAGUUAGAAUUUUGUUUGUGUAAAUAAAUAUUCAUUACCUGUU